AUGGCGGCCCAAGAACUGGAUCUCACUCAAAGCGAGCCCCUCCGAAGCGGAUGGUUCGGGGCACAGUCCUUGGAGAACGACGGGGAAAUUCACGCGAAUCCCACGUGGAGGUGGAGGGGAGCCGGAUGCCCGGAUCUUACUCGAAACUUUGGGGAGAAAGUGGCAGGGCCGAGGGAGACGAAGAGCUAUAGGCAGGUGAUAUGUGGCUCUACCUUUCAUUGCCGAGAUUUCGCAUCUAAAGCCAAAAAGAAGUCAAAGUCAAGUGGCACCGACUCCGGUGAGGAGAAUAUGUCAAAGAAAGACUUGGCUUUACAUCAGGCCAUUGAUCAAAUAACAACUUCGUUCGGGGAAGGAGCAAUAAUGUGGCUUGGCCGCUCUGAAGGUCAUAGAGAAGUACCUGCUGUGUCUACCGGAUCUUUCUCUUUGGAUCUGGCACUGGGAAUUGGUGGGCUUCCAAAGGGACGUGUUAUAGAGGUGUACGGCCCAGAGGCUUCAGGAAAGACAACUCUUGCUCUUCACGUUAUUGCAGAAGCACAAAAGCUUAGCGGCGGUGGUUAUUGUGCAUUUGUAGAUGCAGAGCAUGCUUUGGAUCCAACUCUGGCAGAGUCAAUUGGUGUCGACACCGGUAACUUGCUUCUCUCUCAGCCAGACUCUGCUGAGCAAGCACUCAGUCUUGUAGACACGCUGAUUCGAAGUGGCUCUGUUGAUGUUGUUGUUGUUGACAGUGUAGCAGCUCUUGUCCCCAAGACCGAGCUUGAUGGAGAGAUGGGUGAUGCACAUGUGGCUCUCCAAGCCAGACUGAUGAGUCAAGCUCUUCGCAAACUGAGCCAUUCUCUUUCACUAUCCCAGACAGUUUUGCUAUUUAUUAAUCAGAUCAGGUCUAAGGUACAGACGUUUGGGGGAGGAUUUGGAGGGCCACAAGAGGUCACUUCCGGUGGAAAUGCCCUUAAAUUUUAUGCCUCAGUUCGCCUGAACAUCAGGCGAAUUGGCAUGGUAAAGAAAGGUGAAGAGAUUAUAGGAAGUCAGGUUACUGUGAAGAUUGUGAAAAACAAGCAUGCCCCACCGUUCAGGACUGCACAGUUUGAGCUGGAAUUUGGAAAAGGAAUAUGCCGCAGUUCAGAGCUUUUUGAUCUUGGGUUAAAGCACAAGCUUGUUAAAAAGACCGGGGGCGCGUAUUAUUCUUUCAACGAACAGCAGUUCCAUGGUAAAGAUGCCGUUAAAGCUUUCCUUACUAAAAACGAGAGCGUCGCGAAAGAACUGGAGAUGGAGCUAAGGAGAUUGAUCCAAACUGAACCGCCUAGAAAGCCGGAGGCUGAGGACUAUCUGCUGGACGAUUCGCCUGAAGAGAUUGUCAGACCUGAAACAUCGUUUCCGGGCCGUGCGUCCGUGAAGAGUCCUGAAGAACAGCCGCCCACGAGCUUUCAGGCGGGGACGUGGUGGCCAUGGUCGCUGCGUGGGGCCAUGCCUGGCCGUUUUCUAGCACGGAAAGAACGUUAUGUGGAGCGAUGCCCAAGCUUCACUUCAUAG